AUUAAUCAUUUUCGUGGCUUCAUUUGAAAAUCGCUAUCUUCUGAUCGAGAGUUAUAUUCUAGAGGAUAUCGUCAUGUGUGAGACGGCGAACUGCACUGACGCAGAUGAACCCAUAGUGUACCAGAACUACUCAGAGAGAAUCAUCUACGCCACGGUCACCGGCUUGAUCUCCAUCUCUGGUGCCUUCGGGAACACCUUGGUCAUACUUGCGGUGUUCAUCAGCAAGAAACUACGGAACAAAACCAACACCUUCGUCGUCAACCUCGCCAUCGCAGACUUGAUAAGCUGCCUGAACCUUCCCUGGACAGCCCUGGCACUGCUUUGUGAGGACGAGUGGCCUUUGCCAGACUGGAUCUGCAUGUGGGAAGGUAUGAUCCUGAUGGUCAGCACCGGUUGUAGUCUGUACACUCUUGGUGGCAUCGCGCUAAGCCGGGCUUGCCUGAUUACAUUGCCGAACCAUCGGUACCAUGAGAUCCUGACCCCCAAAACUCUCUUUGGCCUCAUUAUGAUUUUCUGGUUGAUACCAGUGACGACAUCCAUCGUUCCGUACAUAGUUUCAGACAGCUUCUUCGGCUUCAAUGAGCGGUACAGCAUGUGCAUCUGGAACACUACGCAUCCCUUCUCGCCCUAUUACAACUUGAUACUUGCCAUUACCUUCUACCCCGUCCCACUCUUUAUCAUCUUCUUUAGCUAUUUCCGCAUCUGGCGCCAUGUUCGUACUAAUUCUCGUCGCAUGGCCCGGGUCACCACCAGGAUCGUCACGGUCUCUGGGCAGUUGGCCGGCCUGGCCAGGAAGAGCACAUUCAGCAAGAGGCAGAUGUCUGUCACGAAGAACCUCUUCAUCAUCAUCGUUGUCUUUCUCAUCUUGAUAUCACCCUACAGCAUCCAGUUGGUCAUACCAGGAGGCGAGAGAUUGGUUCCUGCCUUCGGGAUGAUCUUCCUGUUCAAUUCCUGUGUUAAUCCGUUCAUUUACGGAACGCGCCACCCUGACUUUAAGGUUGCCUUCAGAAGCAUCUUGCGAUGUCCCGUGAGGUCAAACCAGUUGAUGGAUUCGACAGCUUCGGCCGGUUUGCGUGUUCAGCCUUUGAUAAGGAGACCAGCCCAAAGAGAUACUGAAUUCAUUGCUCCGAAUUCGACAAGCUCUUCAGAAUCAUAGUAAUGAAGUUCGGUGGCCUCAAUGCAGGUGAUAUUGGAGACACGAAUUGCUAUGUCAUGCAAAUCAGAUUGACGAGGAAUAAUUAGUGGCAACUGCGUUAAACUGUGUUUAUUCACCCCACCCCAAUUGUCAUUCCGAUAAUUUUUUCAUCUGUAAUGAACUUAGAUGCCCUGGGCCAAGAAUUCAAUUUUGUAGUUCUCGUGAGUUUUGCAAAAACACGAAUCUCUUGGUCACAGAAUAGGCAACGGAUUGAGGGAUCUGGCGAAUGCACGAGUCCUAUGCUGUUAUACAUGUAUAUACCUUUCUGAGUUUCCUGAUUCCCCGCAAAAUGCAGAUCUAGAUAAUUGAGGAAAUAAUUAUAUUGGAUGUUUUCUUUCUUGUGCAAUAGUAGGCUUACUUAUCUCUUAUGAAUGUGUUAUUUGAUGAUUGAUGGAAAAAAAUGAAUGUUAGAAAAGUCGAAUUAUAUACAUGCGAUCCGCAUUUACCGAAUGGCUAUCCUGUGUUAGUUACAAAUGACUUUUGGAUGUGAAAUUAUAGAAGUGGGUUUUCAGUGUUAUCGUUCAUUUUCAGUCUGGUCUAGUCCUUUGAAUGAUAGUGUAGAAGUAACAA